UACUGUCUCAAGCUAACUGCUCAGUACGAGUCACAACGUAGUGACAUAUCGUGCGAAGAUUUAAUGAGAUGCAUGAGGCGUCAUGGUUCGGCUUUCAACGUUGAACCCAAAAAGAUUGAGGUGCUCGUUUUUGCGGCCCUGUGUAAUUCUGGAUUUUUCGAGUUUGAGGCCUGCACGGUUUUCGAUAUUUUCUGGUUGCUGCAACAAACGCUUCAGGAGCGCGGCGUCGACAACCUCUCAAAUGGAUCUGCCUUGGAGCCGCACACGUGUGACCUCCUGCUUGAGUUCGCUUAUUGCCACACAUUCGCUGAACCCGAAGUUAUUGCUCUGGCCAUUACGUUUAUCUACUGGGAUACAAGGAAGGAAUAUAAGGUUCAACAACUAAGGUCCCUUCUAGUCCAAAUAUCAGGAGGUCCAGCCGUGAGGAAAGCCUACGUCACAAAGGCAGCAAUUCUGAAUUAUCUUACCGCUGCACGGGGAGAUGGGUCGAGCCGCUCCCUACAGGCUUUCUUCGUAGGCAUGAGAGCAGGCGAUCAAGAGCGGAUCAAGCACCAUCUCGCGAAACAUAUGUUCGGAUCAAUAAACACAUUUUCAGCCGUGUCUACUCAUUCCAGUUCGUGAUUACUUGAGCUGGUGCUGCGGCAGCUUUGAGGGCGGUGUGUCUUUCGAUGGCAUCGAUCGAUGACCGAGUCUGCAAAAAUUGCUCAGUGCUCACUUUUGGUCAAUGACACUGCUCAACUGGUAUCCUGAAUCGUUUUGGCGAAGCC